AUGGAGUCACGAGCCAACAUGGGUCCAACGGAAAACAACGCGGCAAAUAUGACUUUUUCACGCUGCACGUCCACACAGGCAACCAGCAUAGUUGGAUUGCAGGCAAUACUAACGUCGGAUCAACGUAUUUCAAACAGCACACCGCUAGAAAUGCUGUCGAGCAUUGUCAUAAACUUUCUGCUCAAUUUCAUUGAAGUUAAUGCGCUAAACUUGAAGGAAACGGAUAUUGUGUACAAGCGCAAUUACCAGGAAGAAUUUUUUUAUUCUAAACGUCUGGAGUAG